GGCCCCACAGAGUCCUGCCCUGGUGUUAGGGGAUAGACAUCAGGAAGAGAACACCUGAUUUAGCACAGGCUGAAUGCUCCCUCUGACUGAAAGGGUAAAUAUUGACCAAGGAUUACGGCCUCAGGCUAACAGAUGGAGGUGUUUCCAGAUCCUAACAUAACUAAAGAAUACCUGUCUCUCUCCCUACUGCCCGGUCUAAAACCAUAAUGCCUCGAGGUCAGAAGAGUAAGCUCCGUGCUCGUGAGAAACACCGUCAGGCCCAGACCCAAGGACAGCCUAAUGGUCUGGAGGGUGCUCAGGCCACUGCAAGAGCAGGUGGAGAGUUUCACUCCUCUUCCUCCUCUCGUUCCAAGAGUAAUCCUCGGAGUUCAGCUGCUGCUAGAACAACUAGCAAUCCUCAAGGGUCUUGGAGAGCUGCAUCCACCACCACUACUUCUGCUGUUGUUUCAUACAGAAGAUCUAAUGGAAGUGGGAACAACCAAGUGGAGGAAAGGCCAAGCUCUUCUCAAGCCCAGCUUGCCACUGGGCACCUGUCCAGAGGCCGUCUGGAUGAGAAGGUAGUUAUAUUGGUGCAUUACCUGCUGUAUAAGUAUCAAAUGAAGGAGCCCAUUACAAAGGCAGAAAUGCUGAGAAACAUAAUCCAAAUGCACAAGAGCCACUUCCUUGAGAUCCUGAGGAAAGCUUCUGAGCACUUGGAACUGGUCUUUGGCCUAGACAUCAAGGAAAUGGAUUCCAACAAGCAUAUCUAUAUCCUCAUCAAUAAACUGGAACUAAGCUAUGAUGCAAGGCUGAGUGACAAUGGAGGUGUGCCCAAGACUGGCCUUCUGAUGACUAUCCUGGGUGUGAUCUUCACAAAGGGAAACCGUGCCACUGAGGAGCAAGUCUGGCAAAUCUUGAAUGCAAUGGGCUUAUACAGUGGUAGAGAGCACUUUAUUUUUGGCGAGCCCAGGAAGCUUAUCACCAAAGAUUUAGUGAAAGAAAAGUACCUGGAAUAUCAGCAGGUGCCCGACAGUGAUCCUCCGCGCUAUGAAUUCCUGUGGGGCCCAAGAGCCUAUGCAGAAACCAGUAAGAUGAAAGUCCUAGAGUUUUUAGCCAAAGUCCAUGAUACCAUCCCAAGUGCCUACCCAACCUGGUAUGAGGAAGCAUUGAGAGAUGAGGAAGCAAGAGCCCAAGCCAGAGCUGCAGCAAGGGCUCACAUAAGUGCCAUAGUUAGUGCAAGAUCCAGGGCCCUGUCCAGUUAUUCCUCCCGCCCCAAGUAAAUUCUCAGUCAUUUACCACAUUGUGGUCAAAAAGUCCACAAUCUACAUAGUGGAAGGUCAAGGGUGGAUCUGGAGACAAUACAAUGUAUAAGAAUGUUAUUUUCCUGUUCUGUGUUCCUCAACAAGUUUUCAAAAAUAUUAUUCUUGUCAUCAGAAGGUUAAAGUACCUUCAUAUGUAAACUUAUGAAUGACAUUGUUCAAACAUUUAUUGCUGUGAAUGGAAUUGAGUAAGAGGGUUUUUUCUUUUGUAAAACAAAUUAGGAAAAUUUCCAUCAUAUUUAUUCAUUUAGGACAUGACAGCAUGGCAGUAAAUUAGACAUUUCCUAAGAAUGUGAAAAAACUCAGAAUUGUAAAAGUUGAUGUCAAGAAAUAGAUAAAAAAAUAAAAUAAAAGAUCAUAAAUGGUCUCACUUA